CGAAUCUGGAAUUUUGAUUAUUCACGCAACAGUAUCACUAAAUUAAAAAAAAAAAUCUAAAUUAUUGUCUUAACAUACGUGGUGCUCAACAUCGUUGGGCAGUAUCUGAUGAACUUCCCAACUACAUGAUGGAGGCAUCAUCAAUUUUUUAUUUCAUUUGGAUUUGAUUAUGACUCGAAACUCGAGAUCUCACAAGAAGCUUAUUGAUAAUUUUUUUUUCUAUAUAAACCCACCAAAUCAGCAGCCUCACAUGUACUCGAUUUAGACCAUAAUUCAGAGAAAGGAAAUGGCACUUUUGGCUUUGGGUUUGAUGCUGUGUUGUCUUUUAUUUUGGAGUCUGAAACUGUUGCAUGCAGUAUGGAUGAGACCCAAAAUGAUGGAGAAGAAGUUGAGAAAACAAGGCAUCCAUGUCCUGCCCUACAAGUUAAUUUAUGGGAAUGUUAAAGAGAUGAUCAAGUUAGCCUCAGAGGCUAGGUCUAAGCCAAUGGAACUAACCCAUGAUAUCGCGCCUCGCGUCGAUCCUUUCCUUCAGCAACUCUCCAUGAUACAUAAAAAGCCAUUUGCUGCUUGGUAUGGAAUGGUUCCUCGUGUGACAAUUAUGGAUCCGAAGCUAAUAAGGGAGAUUCUGACAAGGAAAUUUGAAUUUCGAAAGCCAGAGGUAAGUCCAACCAUGAAGUUUUUCUUGAAAGGCCUUGCAAAUAUUGAUGGAGAUAAAUGGGUAAAGCACAGGAAGAUAAUCAACCCUGCCUUCCACAUAGAAAAAUUGAAGGGAAUGUUACCAUCUUUUAUGGCUUCUUGUGAAGAAAUGAUUGAGAAAUGGGACAAUAUGAUGGACUCAUCUGCAAAAUCCUGUGAAUUGGAUGUUUUCCCUGAGUUUCAGAACUUAACAGGAGAUAUUAUAUCAAGGGCAGCUUUUAGUAGCAAUCUUGAAGAAGGGAGAUUGAUUUUCUCUCUCCAAAGGAAACAAGCUCAACUCCUUUUACAGUCACUUUUCAAUCUCAAUUCUCUCUGGUCAAGGUUCUUCCCCUCAAAAUUGAACAAACGAAUGAUGCAAAUCCACGAAGAAGUUAAAACCCUGCUUCGAGGCCUAAUAGAGAAUAGGGAGAAGGCUAUACUGUCAGGAAAUGAACACAAGGAUGAUUUACUGAAUCUGCUACUCAAAUCUAAUUUCAAUGAGAUUCAACAAAACAAAAAUGUUGGGAUGUCAAGAGAUGAUGUGAUAGAAGAAUGCAAGCUAUUCUACUUCGCUGGUCAUGAGACUACUGCCAAUUUGCUAGCUUGGACUAUGAUUGUAUUGAGUAUGCAUCAAAACUGGCAAGAAAAGGCUAGGCAAGAGGUGCUGCAACACAUUGGAAAAAAUAAACCAACUUUUGAUGAGUUGAACAAAUUAAAGCUUGUGAACUUGAUCCUGCUUGAGGUUCUGAGAUUGUAUCCGCCAACUUCCCUUGUUCGAUCUAUUCAAGAAGAGACAAAACUAGGAGAAUACUCUCUUCCAGCAGGAGUAAGCUUGCAGAUCCCAUUGUACCUCAUCCACAGGGAUCCUGAACUAUGGGGACAAGAUGCGACAGAGUUUAAUCCUGAAAGAUUUUCUGAAGGGAUUUCCAAGGCAUCCAAGGACCUUCAAUCUCCAUUCUUUUCGUUCGGUUGGGGACCAAGAACGUGCAUUGGACAAAACUUUGCUAUGAUUGAAGCUAAAUUAGCACUAGCUUUGAUUUUGCAACACUUCUCAUUUGAGCUAUCCCCCACCUACAAACAUUCUCCUAACGUUGCUCUUACUCUUCAACCUCAGUUUGGUGCGCAAGUUAUCAUACACAAGAUUUGAAGAAAACAAGCGCAUGUAUUCUGCAUCUUUAUUUUAUGCAUUAAUUUUUUUUUUUCAUUUUUCCCAAUUUAAAAUGCUUUAGUGAUUACAUAAAAUAAUGGGUAAAUUAUUUUUUUUCUUGCA